CAAGAAUCUUGACUGUCACACAAGUAUUCUGUGUAUCUCUGAGAGAAAGAAGCAUUCAGAGAAUAACAGUGAGUAGGCCUAACCAGCAGAUAGUGACAGGGCAGGCACAAGCUCUGCUAGCUGGAGUAGUGCAUCAGUAAUCCAUUUUUUUUGUUAGAGUCUAGUACAGAAGUUGGAAAUAGUUGCUGAACGUAACCGGAGUGUGUUCCUUCAAGACUGAACAGCUUUUCUCACUAUCUGUUUAUGAACAAAAAUGUCUACCUUCGCCAACCACUCGACCAAUGAGAGCAGCGGGCACAACUGGCGCUGUCAAUUCAAGGAGGACUUCAAGUACAUCCUGCUUCCUGUCAGCUACACUCUGGUCUUCGUGAUUGGCCUAGGCCUAAACGUCACGGCCAUGUACGUGAUCCUGUUCCGUACGAAGCGCUGGAAUCCCUCCACUGUGUACAUGUUCAACCUGACAGUGUGUGACACCCUCUACAUCCUUACCCUACCCUUCUUAAUCUACUACUACGCAGACGAGAACGACUGGCCCUUCAGUGAUUCGUUCUGCAAACUCAUCCGCUUCCUGUUCUACGCUAACCUCUAUGGUUCCAUCCUGUUCCUGUGCUGCAUCAGCCUGCACCGCUUCCUGGGCGUGUGUUACCCGAUGAGGUCACUGAGCUGGGUGAGCGCCCGGAGAGCCCGCCUGGUGUCUGUGGCGGUGUGGGCGUGUGUGUUGAUGUGCCAGGCUCCUGUGCUCUAUUUCUCACGCACCAGGGACAAUGGGACGGAGAGGGUGUGUUUCGACACGUCCAGUCCAGAGUUAUUUCAUGACUUCCUGGUGUACAGCUCGGUGGUGUCUGUGCUGAUGUUUGCCUUCCCCUUCAUGGUGGUGAUGGUGUGUUAUGGACUGAUGGUGAGGAAGCUUCUGGAGCCCAGCUGGGGGGCAGGAGGGAGCCAGUCGAGGGGAGCGGGGGGGCUCGCUGCUCAUCGCUCCAAACAGAAGUCUGUGAAGAUGAUCAUCAUCGUGUUAGCAGUGUUCAUGCUGUGUUUUCUACCCUUCCACCUGACCAGAAGCCUGUACUACUCCCUCAGAUACCUGGAGCAGAUGGACCCCUCCCAGGUGAGCUGUGAGCUGCUGAAGGCAUCCAGUCUGGCCUAUAAGGUGACACGCCCCCUGGCCAGCGCCAACAGCUGUGUGGAUCCCAUCCUCUACUUCAUGGCUGGACAGGGUUUCCGUAGCAAUCUCACUAACAGAAGAAGGACAUCACCAAGGAAACCAGGAAGUGUGACGGUGGCCCUCUCGACGCAGCUCUGAUCGACAGGAGGGUCAAUGUAUGUACCCAAUAGCUAUGGAACACAGUGGAUGUACCCAAUAGCUAUGGAACACAGUGUGUAUUCCAUUGGAAUGGAUAGAACACCGUUGGACAAAGACACUGGAUGGAUGACUGGUUCCUCUGAACUGAAUAUCAUUAUCCCAUAUGGAUCAGAAGACCAAUAGAGAUCCUAUUACUCCUAAUUCUAUGGGAUGACGACUGUUUGAAAGAGAAUGAACGGUGUAAAAUAAA